AUGCCCUCAGAAACGGUUGAAAUGUCCCAUGCAACCCGCGAUAUCUUAUUGAGGGUCAGGAAGAUGAUCCCGCCUAUGCUCGACAAAUUCCACAAAGGACAGAUGGGCCGCAUAGCAGUAAUAGGAGGCAGCGAAGACUACACCGGCGCCCCUUACUUCUCUGCCAUGGCUUCUGCUAAGCUCGGGGCCGACAUGAGCCAUGUAAUCUGUGAACCGCAGGCAGCACAGGUAAUCAAAACCUACUCCCCAAACCUAAUGGUGCACCCACUCAUGCGACAAUCCUCGCACGCCUCUGCCGAAACAACCUCGUCUUCCAUCGCCGCCACCAUCAUCGACAUGCUACCCCGCCUACAUGUCCUCGUUAUCGGGCCUGGAUUAGGAAGAGAUACACUUAUGCAGGAUACAUGCGCGCACGUAAUCAAAGCAGCGAGGGAGAAGAAGAUGCCGUUUGUGCUGGAUGCUGAUGGGUUAGCUCUGGCGCAGUCGAAACCGGAGCUGGUGCAGGGAUAUAAAGAGUGCAUUUUGACGCCGAAUGUAGUUGAGUUUGGGAGGUUGUGUAAGAGUCAGGGGAUUGAUACCAAGGGGCUGGGGGAUGCGGAGGGAGCGGAAAAGCUGGCGAAGGCAUUUGGAGGUGUUACGAUUAUAAGGAAGGGGAAGGAGGAUUAUGUUACUAAUGGAGAGAAGACGUAUAUUAGUGAUAUUGAGGGCGGGUUGAAGAGGAGUGGGGGACAGGGGGAUACGCUGACGGGGAGUUUGGCUACGUUUCUAGGGUGGAGAAAGGCAUAUUUGGAUGGGUUGUGGGAGCAUGAGGGGGAUUUGGAUGAAGUGGAGUUGCUGGCUUUGGCUGCUUUUGGUGGUAGUGCUCUUACGAGGGAAUGUUCGAAACUGGCUUUCUCGAAGAAAGGACGGAGUAUGCAGGCAAGUGAUUUGACUGAAGAAGUUCAUGUUGCAUUCAUAAACCUCUUUGAUGAGCCAACGCCAAAAUUGUAA